UCCUUCGCUGGAGAAGAUCUGACAAUCCUAGACAUUUGGAACUUCAAAAAUCAGUCUUCUUCGCCAGAGAAGAUACGAAAAUCCUCGACAUUUAGAACUUCAAAAUUCUGUCUCCUUCCUGGAGAAGAUCCGAGAAUCCUCGACGGUAGUCGGCAAUGGGCGAAUGAUCCUGGUAGUCGUGCCCAACAGUUAUCUGUGAAACGCAUCAUUGAAUUGAAUUGAACUGAAAAACCUUGAUGGUCAGCAUUAGGCCAAUAAUAAUUGUAUUUGUGGCCAAUGUAAACGUUCGAAGAAGAAGAUCAUCUCUCAUCUAACACGUUAUUUAUCUAUGAUAUUGUUUAUCAUCUGUUUCCAUUUAAAUGGGUUAUGUGCAGAAGUAGUUAAUAAAAAAUGAUAGGAACUUACUAUUUUGUUAUUGUAGGACAUAAAGACAAUCCCUUAUUUGAAAUGGAAUUUACCAACAGCAAGGAUCCCAAAAAAGAAGAUCACCGACAUUUGAGUCAGUUUAUAGCUCAUUCAGCUUUAGAUUUAAUAGACGAACAUAAGUGGAAGACUCAUAAUAUGUACUUGAAAUCUGUAGACAAAUUUAAUCAGUGGUUUGUCUCUGCUUUCAUUACUGCCAGCCUCAUAAGGUUUGUGAUUGUUCAUGAUAAUCGAAAUGAUGAUGGUAUUAAGAAUUUUUUUAAUGAUGUCUACGAGGCUUACAUUAAACAUUCCAUGAACCCCUUCUAUGAGGAAGACACCCUAAUUAAAUCAGCUGCAUUUGAGAAAAGAGUGCAGUUGUAUGGAAAGAAAUAUCUCUCAAACUGAGUGAUCUGAUAAUGUAUG